CACGAAAAGGAACAAAAUCUAAGAUCUCUGUUUAAAUCGGAAAUACAGAUUGAAUGACAACCUGAUGCAGAAGGAGAAUACCUUCAUUGGUAGAAAGAGAGAGAACGAGUGUGAAGAAGAGUCUCCAGUUUCAGCUGAUUUUCCCGAUAGUCGGUAAUUCUUCGUGAAGAAACGUGUAAUUUGUAUUUAUUUAAGAGUUACGAAGUCAUAGCAAGUUUCAUUAUGGAAAAAAAAUAAUGUUUGAGGCUUCAAACAAAGUGGAUAUCUAGAAUGAUAGCAGUCUAAAAAGGGUUGUCAAGGAGAUUAUAUCCAGCAUGAACAAUUUGAAGUUCUCUUUAUUAUGGAUACUUUCAGUUUUAACUACCAUUUGCUUUACAAGCACAUGCAGAAGUAAAUUUGGUGUCUACAACCCAGACGACUUCAAUAACCAUGCGUGUGCUUGGUGCUACUAUUUUCUCUUUCCAAAUCAUGAAUUUAAACCUCAUGCGAACAACAUGAACUUGAUUUCCACAGCAAAUGGCUCAAGUAAUCAAAUCAGUAAAGUAGUAGUACCAGAUAUUUAUAACAUAUCAGCUGUAGAGAGUCUGUGUGAAACUCUAACAGCGGAUGAGUGUAACAGGUGGACCUCUUGUUGUUCUGCUGCAAGGACGUGUUGUCAGCGUCAAAUCCAAUCACCUGAUGUAGACAUUAAUAAAACAUGCGCUGCCACGUGGGACGGCUUCGCUUGUUGGGAUGCAGGGUCUCCCGGAAUUACAAGUGACAUAUCGUGUCCUAACUUUCUACAAUACUCGGUGCCUACAAGAUCAGCGUUGAAGACAUGCCAGCCUGAUGGAACAUGGUUAAAGAAUGGAAAAUAUGAUUGGACAGACUACACACCUUGUCUUAAUUACCAGGAGCUGAAGAUUUCCAUAUAUAUUAGUCUUGGAUGCCAGAUCGUUAGUCUGCUAUGUCUGAUCCCAUCUGUUUUCAUCUUCAUAAGUUACAAAUCUCUUAUCCAUCAGCACCGGAUUCGGCUACAUGUCAAUUUCUUUGUCUCUUUAAUACUCAGUGGCGUAUUUACCAUUCUCUGGAAUACACUCGUUACCUACGAUAGGAUAACAAAUGACAAAGUUUCUGAAACGAUGCUCUUCAAAAAUUCUGUCGAGUGUAAAAUCCUGUCAUACCUGAAAUUGUAUUUCACGAGUACAAAUUAUGUGUUGAUGUUUUGUGAGGGGCUGUACCUACACCGGCUAAUCGUGAACGCAUUUUCUCCACCUAAAACAUUACUACCAUUUUACAUCUUAGGAUGGGCCAGUCCUUUCUUUUAUACAACAGCUUACAUGGUUGUGCGAAUAACUCGGGCGGAUGAAAGUUGCUGGGCUAAAAGUAUUGGUGACUUACAGUGGAUUUUAUACUCACCUAACUUAUUCUGUCUAAUUGCAAAUAUAUAUUUCCUGUGCAGUAUACUUCGAAUACUUCUUACACAGCUUCAAGUACACCCUGAUGAGCCAAGUCAUUUUAGGAAAGCUUUAAAAGCCACGUUUGUGUUGAUUCCACUUUUCGGAGUACAACUUUUUGUCACAGUUUAUAGACUCCCGCCGAAUUCUACGGGAUUUUAUCAUUACGAACGGUUUUCGGAGUUCGUAACUAAUUCACAGGGAAUGUUCGUAGCAGUUAUAUUUUGUCUUUGUAACGGAGAAGUAACAUCUCUGGUGAAGCACUCCCAUCGACGGCGUCGGGAAACACGGGAUAUAGGUUUAAAGAAACAUAACUCAGCCAUUAGUCUCAAUAUGAACACCAUUGCUUCAAAAUACAACACACUAGACAGAGCUUCUCCGAAUAUGAAUCUUCUUGUACAAAAUGGAGAGGACGCAUCUACUAUUUAGAAAUGUGGUCUUAUUAUUGAACAAUCAUUACUUUUACUAAAUUAUAUCAUUACUUUGACUUUUCAUUGUUUACUCAAUAUCUUCAGACGUUGUAUCCAAAAAUUAUCAUUCUUAUUUUGCUGAUUGAUGUUGUUGUUAAAAAAUGGUAUUUAAAAUACAUAUGAGCCGCGUCACGACAAAACCAACAUAGUGGGUUUGCGACCAGCAUGGAUCCAGACCAGCCUGCGCCUCCGCGCAGUCUGAUCAGAAUCCAUGCUGUUCGCUAUCAGUUUCUCUACUUGUAAUAGGGUUUGUAAGCGAACAGCAUGGAUCC